UUGCCUUUGCAUUUUGCAAGUAAGCAGAACGCACAUCACAGCGAAUCGCGGCGGCGCCAUCCGUGGCCUCAUCUCUGACCUCUCACCGCCCCGGCGUCGCCGGCGUGAUGCCGCCGCUCCCCAGGCUCCUCCACCGCCACCUCUUUGUCCCGCUCGACCGCUGCCUCACCCCUUGCCAUCCGUGGCUGCCCAACGCCGACACCUUCCUUCGUCACGGUCUUGCAUCUUCCUCCACCGCUGCCGCCUUCGCGGCAGCGGGCCGAGAGAAGAGCUCUAGGAAGACCCUCGGUUACCUUGUCGGCGUGGCAGUGGCCAUGGUCGGCGCCUCCUACGCGGCCGUCCCGCUCUACCGCCGGUUCUGCCAGGCCACCGGGUACGGCGGCACCAUCCAGCGCCGCGAGAGUGUAGAGGAGAAGAUCUCCCGACAUGCUCAAGUCGGAACGACGCCAUCAAGCUUUUGUGUAUUUUAGAGAAAGAAAUUGUUGAUGUCAAGGUUCCAUUAAAGGACUUCACCGUGAAUUUACUCUCAAAGGUCAUGAAAUUCUAGUCUUCUCCGUUGUUCUUGCUGAGUUCUCUAGAAUAACUUGCUGUCUCAUUUUGGCUGUUCAUAUCUUAUGAAGAGCACUUUAAUGUAACUUGUAAUUGGGCUGUAGUCAGUUUUGGGAACAUUAUAUAGUCUGUCCAUGCGUUGUUGGCUAGCUGGUGGUUGCAUGAAGUAGAUUCCUUUUACUAGUCCCCAACAUGGUCCUUCUGAUUAUCUUCCCUCGUCAAUGCUAAGCUGAUAUGACACUUGAUCUGGUUCUUGAUUUCGUGGAAGGUAUCUGGAAUACAUUAUCUUGAAGGUUUAGUUGGUACUCCCUCUAUAAACUAAUAUAAGAGCGUUCAGAUCACUAUUUUAGUGAUCUAAACGCUCUUAUAUUAGUUUACGGAGGGAGUACAUUUUUUUACCACCUUCACAUGUCUGCAGUACUAACCAUAAGCUAACUGUUGUAGAACUUGAAAAAAACAUUAAGGUGCUGACAUAGAUCCCUUUUUAACGUUUGAUCUCAACUAGUUGCUUAUAUGUAAUCGAUGCUAUUUAUUAGUAGGACCAUGAAUCGUGCUAUUAAUGUGUUGCUUUUCUCUUCUGAUCCUUU